CACGUUUCACCUCCUCUUCCUCCGGAUCGACUCCUCACCGUCAUGGAUUCUGCUCGGACACCUGCGCUCCUCUCCACCGGAUAAACUUUUCCGCUUUACGCUCGUAUCAUGGGAAUAUACCGUGGAUCUGUACAGCCUUGAUGGAAACCAUGUCACCGCAGCAGGGGACCAUGGGACAGAACAGGUCCGACUCUCUGACGGGAGACAGCAAGGCGCUUCCCGACAACAAAAAGAAGAUGAAGACUUUGGCCCAGAGACGACAGUCGGCUCCAUCGCUGGUCAUCAGCAAAGCACUUACCAGGUCGAGAAGCACGUCCAGGGAAAGCUGCCUGACGCCAGUCAGCCCGGAGUCGUGUCCCCUUGUCCAGGCCUUCCUGGCCGAGUGUCCGGGCCGCCUGUUCCUGGGUCACGCCCAGACACAGCUAAAGACGGGCCUGCAGACCCAGGAGAGACACCUCUUCCUCUUCACCGACACUCUGCUCGUCGCCAAGACCAAGUCUCCAACUCAUUUCAAAGUGAAGGCUCAAGUCCGAGUUUGUGAGAUGUGGACGGCGAACUGUAUGGAUGAAGUGUGUGAAGGAAGCACAAACCUAGAGAGGAGCUUCGUUAUGGGAUGGCCCACCUGCAACUAUGUGGCCACCUUCAGCUCCGAAGAGCACAAGGAUAAGUGGUUGGCGCUCGUCAACAGCCGGAUAAAUGAGGGAAAAGAGAAGGAUGACCCCAAGACUAUCCCUCUGAAGAUAUUUGCCAAGGAUAUUGGAAAUUGUGCUUAUGCCAAGACACUCGCGGUCAGCAACACUGACAGCACCACUGACGUCAUCCGCAUGGCUCUACUGCAGUUUGGCAUAUCAGGUUGCGUUAAAGACCACCGGUUAUGGGUGAGCUCCAGUAAGGACGACCCUCCGUACCCUCUCAUUGGCCACGAGUUUCCCUUCAGCAUUAAGAUGAGCCACAUUCGGGAUGGUGGGAGUAACGGUGGAGGACUGGGAGCAGGAGGAGUGAUAGGAAGGGAUCCGCUCAGUCCUACAGACUGUCCAGAGGUUCGGCUGCUGGAUCAGUGUCUCCCUCCGGACACCCAGUGCCAGUUUAUCCUCAAACCCAACAAGAUUGUCCCUGGACACACUCAACUUAUAGAGCCUGGUCAGCAGAAGUCCUUCAAGAGAAAGAGGUCUCUGAUCAACUGGCCUUUCUGGAGAGGCUCCAGCACACAGCUGGACGGCCUGCCGCUGUCCCCGUCCAUGCUGGCCCCCCCUCCGGGACGCCUGUUCGGUCGACCCCUGAGCUCCGUCUGCCCUCCGGACGGCGGCCUACCCAAGCCUGUCAUGGACAUGCUGGUGUUUCUGUACCUGGAGGGUCCGUACACUCGAGGCGUCUUCAGGCGGUCGGCUGGAGCCAAGGCCUGCCGGGAGCUUCGAGACAGACUGGACAGCGGAACAGAAGACCCAGAGAUCUCACACCAGUCUGUGUUCGUCAUCGCUGCCGUCCUCAAGGAUUUCCUGAGAAACAUCCCGGGCAGCGUCCUGUGUGUGGAUCUGUAUGAGCAGUGGAUGGAUGUGAUGGAGGCUGAAGCAGGGGAGGAGAGGAUGCUGAGUGUCCAGAGGUUGCUGCACCUUCUGCCGGCCGAGAAUCUGCUUCUGCUCCGUCACGUCGUCGCCGUGCUGCACUGCAUCCAAGGAAACGCCCACGACAACCAGAUGAACGCCUUCAACCUAUCCGUUUGCAUUGCUCCCAGCAUGCUUUGGGCUCCGGCGCCGAGCAGCCCAGAGAUAGAGGGGGAGGCCACGAAAAAGGUGUGUGAGUUGGUUCGCUUCCUCAUUGAGAACUGCAGCAGCGUCCUGGGAGACGUCGCCUCGCUGUUCAGAGCCUUCAGCCAGAAGAGCAGCAGCAGCGACCACGGAUCAGAUGUGUCGUCCUUCCAGAUGAACGACUCGUCCUACGACAGUCUGGAAAACGAGUUGAACGACGACCCCGAGUCUCCCUAUCAGGAGCAACUGCCUCUUCGGGACAAAGACAAGCCGGACAGUCGCAGCCGAGACUCCGUCAUCACCCUCAGCGACGGUGACCCUGAUCCCGACCUGGAGACUGACCUCCUGCUGCAGCUCCCCCCUCUGGCCAGGCCCAGGAGGUUCAGUCCGGCGGUCCGACAGUCUCGAACUCGCCAGGCCAACGGAUCAUCGCAGGGUCCCAGAAGGCUGAGGAGGAGCUCGGAGCCCGCCUUAGCCUUAGCGAGCACGCCGCCUUCGAACACAGUGACGGUUCAUGCUGAUAACCACCAUCUGCCUGUGAGGAAGGCAAGCUACGACGCUGCCAUGGAGGGGGAAGGCAAGGAGGACGAGGUGUUUCUGGAGCAGGGCCUCAAUGGGUUGCAGCUGAAGGAGGAGAGAGCUGAUGGGUGCGAGAAGAGAGGAACCAAAACCCAGAACGGUGAGCGGAGGAAGAUGAAGCAUGCCCCUCCACCGCCUCUGCGACUGGACGCCAGCUGUUCCAGUCUGUCGUCACCGGCAACCUCACCAACAGGCUCCUCCCUCAGCUCGUUAGACUCCGCCUUCUCGCAGUACUCCACUGACUAUGCCACCAACGGGGCAGCACCACUGACUGAAGCUGCUCCUCUUUCCCCUCUGUUUCCUGGACGGCCCCAGCAGUCACCCAGAGACUCCCCCCCUCAGAGGGAAGCGCUGCCUCAUUGGCCCACCCAGUCUGCUCGGACCAGCCAAACCCCUUCCCAUUCACACGGACUCCACCCGAACACGUGGCUCAAGAAGGACCGGUGCUUGUCGCUGAGGCAGGCUGAUGGUGGGCACACAGAGACGGACUCGCCUGUGGUAAACGGGAAAUCAUACCCAACCAGUAAUGGCUACUCUGUUGCUGCCCAGGAAGCCGUGAUGACGAAUCAGAACUGCCAGCGGAGGUCCAGCAGCCCUCCGUCCUACCAGCAGGCCCUACUGCAGCUGCAGCGCAACCGUUCGCCUUUUUAUAGGGGUACAGAGAAACCUCUGACAGUCAGAGAGCUGAGGCAGCUCCACGACCAGACCUGCACCUACAGAUCCUCUCCAAACAACCCCAAACCACAAACUGAUGCCACACAGAGACUGACUGGGGGUGAGUGUGUUCAGCCCCCACAGGGUGUUUUCUACGGACAAAGUGCCACCACUCUUGUAAUCCAGAGGCAAAAGUCCCACUCGCUAACUCCAGCCAUGGAGGGCCACAAAGGCAGGAGGACUCUUCCCCGCCGAGCGUCUGAACCUGCCAAGGUCACUGCUAACCCCCCCACCAGCCUCACCUUGGGCAGACCUCGUGUUUCUAAAGCCCAAGAUGACGGCUUACGAGUAUCUGACGUGGAGCCCAACCACGGCAAGCCACACUACUGCCUUUCUCCCUCCGCCACUCGCACCGUAAGGGACUACUUUUCCUCGCAGGGUCAGGAGGAUGCGGAUGCCUGCCUGCGGAGGAGUCAGGAGGUGGCGUUGGCGAUCGUGCAGGGAAAGAAGGAAUGGCAGAGCCGGCGAUGCAGCGAUCCACGACUGGAGGACUUUGAACAGCUGUUUUUUGCAGAAGAGUCAUACGUGUAAAUAAGAACUUUGUACAGACCACCUGUAAAUGGGAGAUUUAUCUGCUAUGUUCACUUGUAACCAACUUGUCUUCAUUAUUGAUGUGAUCAUAUUCUUCCAUAUACAGUUUUAUCCUGUUGUAGAUUACUGUAAUGGUACUUCCAAGGUUUAAUUUUAAAAGGUACAGAUGUACCUCCUGGUUCAGUGGUUCAACUCUUUAUAAUCUACAUAUUGAGACAGAUAUUUGUCAGAAUUAAAAGUUGAGUAGUGCUAUCAUGUAUCUGACAUUGACAUUGCCUUGCAGUAAAGCAGCUGGGGUCCUCAAAUUGUUUACAAAGCAGCGAUGCCGUUCCAGUAAAUUCAAGACAAAGAAGUUAAGAAACAAAUUACUUGGACAUUUGAAUCCAUAAACAGUCAUUGAAGCUGCUGUCAAAAUGGGUCAGUGUUACAAGUCUUGUGCCAAAAUCUGGUUUCCUCCAAAAAUCUGUUAUCCUUUUUGCCGUGUCCUUGUUUUGCCUCCGGGAUGCAUUGUUGCUUUUUCAGCGCGUGAUGAAAUCCUGAAGGAAGUUUGCUACAUAUGAACAUGAAAGGACAAAGAAGCAUUUGUUUCUUGUCCUUGUAAAGCUUGCAAAAUGUUUAAAAAUACAUUUUUGCAGUUCCCAAAGCUGAAUAAAGACUUGUCGGGAAGUCAAGGCCAAGGCAUUCUAGUCAUGUACAGAAAAAAAAUGCACCAACAUCACAUUUUGAGUGCAGCCAAGGCAAAAAAGGUCCAUAUAAUGUUUAUUAAUCUCCCUCUCUGCAACAGUAAUAACAAUACGGCCACGAUGACGCCUAUGACUUUGUGCAGAUACUAUGAAAUGCAUUAAUCUUUUCCUGCAGCACAUGAUGUUUGCUGAAGUGCCAGAGGAGGGACUUUUAAGGACAGACGCUCAUGCUGUACAUACGUAUUCCUUAAACAACAUCUUAGAUCGUCUUAGCAGCAUUUGUACCUUUUAUGACCAAUUGCAUCUAUAAAAUGAACUAUUCCUUUUCUAGACAGUGUUUUUUUCUGUCUGAAUCAGUGAAUCAAUGGUAUUUAUUCAUAUAAGCUGCGUUUCCAGACACACAGCACGCAGUGUUGUCCUCCACACCUCUGGUUUAUAUCUCUGCGACCUGGGAGGUAAGGGAGGCUGGACGAAGAUGAAAAUCUGUCUGUAUGUGUGUUUCUGUGUUUUAUUUUGGUGAGGAAAAAAGUGUUGUUGAAUUUGAGGUAGUCACUGACAUCGUGUCAAAAAUGUGAGUCAAAACGUGAGAAAACCUGUGCCACUGAGGGAGAAAUCCCUUUUAUUGUUGCUUUUAUAGCACUUCAUUAUUCUCAUUAAGAAAGUCUCACAACGGCACAGCUUGUGUGUGUGUGUGUGUGUGUGUGUGUGUGUGUGUGUGUGUGUGUGUGUGUGUGUGUGUGUGAGGGUGUGUGUUGAGUUAAAUGCACAAUUUUAAAAACAGUUUUUCUAGCUGUUGUAUGUUUUGUCCAUAAUAAUAUGAUCUCUUUAUUCCAGUGCUGCUUGUUAUUGCAGUUCUUAGGUGACACUUUACAAGAAAAUAGCCUUAUUUCACUGUUUAUUAAUCUAAUGAAAAGCAUGUAAACCCACAGAGUGUAAGAACAGUUUUAAUGAGCAUUAAACAGUGUUAUUACUACCAUAACUCUUUAACGGUGGAAUAAGGCCAUUGUCUUGACAAGUGUUGCUUUUUUUAAUGGUCUCAAAAAGUACUUUAUCCUGUAUUCUUAAUAUUCUAAUUUUUCUCUUCAUUACAGUGAAUUGUGCUCAACCUGUAUAGUUCUGCAUAUUUAUGAUACAGAUAUAUAUAUAAAUAAAUAUAUUAUCUUGUUACUUUGGUAUGUUGUGUUGUAUGAAAAAAAUCAAAUGUGUAUUUUUGUACAUGCCAAUUCUGCUGCUGCUGUCUCUAUAGAAAAUAUAUUUGCUACAAAACGCACCAUUUGUAUAUUGUGUACAUCUGAUGUCCAACACUCACGAGAACAAAAUAUCAUUGAUUUUAAUAAAUGUUGCUCUUGUGAAACUAC